CCUAUUUGGAAAAGAAAGAGGACAAAAAUAGGUUUUCACGCAUAUAAUUUUUCAUAUAAUAUUUAACAUAUACUAAUCUAAAAUCGUUAAAUAGUAACAUUUUAGAGAUCUCAAUAAAAUCUACCAACUUACUUUCAAUUACUUGCAAACACAUUUUAUAUGGGGAAAAUUGAUAGCAGCAACAAAUCAGGGAAACGAAGAAAAGAAAAAAAAACAGAGCAAAAACAUUUCCAUUUCCUCACAAAUCUCCAGAUUACAACACACCCUCUCUCUAUCUCGAAAGAUUCUUUCCCGAGAAAAUCAAAUUUUAAAUAAUUUGAAAAUCGGAACAAAUCCAAAUCGAAAACAACUUUGUGUAUCAAUUUGAGUUCAAAAGUAUGCACCAACUGAAGCAUAAUCAACUCAGUCCCAUAGCUCCCCACUCUUCAUCUUCUUCCUCAUUCACCACCGCCGCCAAGACCAUGCUGGAGCGGGUCCUCUCUUCCCGCCGCUACGCCCCCCACUCCCCCGACGACCCACCGCCAUCCUCCUCCUCCACUUCCCCCGACGGCGGCCACGGCAUUUCCUCCUUCGUCUCCGCCGACGAGUCCAAGACCAAGCCCCCGAAUCUCUCUUCCUUGGCCUCCAAUUACAUCUCCAGGAUGUCUCACUCUUCCUUCCACUGUGUCAUCUUCGGCCUCCUCCUCUUCGUCCUCGCCCUCGUCGCCUCCCUCAUGUACCACUCUCGCUCCCUCGUCUGCAUCUCCCGCUUUGAUCCCAAGUCCCGGGUCGGGUUUUUCGGGAUCGACGGUCUUGAGUCCGACUUCGGCGCCCUCGGUGUUCCCUGGUGCAGAUCGAAACAUGGUAAAACAGUUGAGUGGACAUCCAAGGAUUUGCUCAAGGCCCUAGAAGAGUUCAUACCAAUUUAUGAAACUCGACCUAUCAAAAACAACAUGUAUGGAAUGGGUUUCGAUCAUAGCUUUGGGCUCUGGUUCAUGGCACGGUGGCUUAAGCCGGAUCUUAUGGUCGAGAGUGGUGCUUUCAAGGGUCAUUCGACGUGGGUCCUGCGGCAAGCAAUGCCUGAAACGCGAAUCAUUUCGCUUUCUCCAAGGCACCCUGAGAAGUACCUGAAGAAGGGUCCUGCUUAUGUUGAUGAAAAUUGCACCUACUUUGCUGGAAAAGACUUUGUAGAUUUCGGAAGUGUCGAUUGGAAGAGUGUGAUGAGUAAACAUGGAAUUACUGAUCUUGCACGAGUCCUUGUCUUUUUUGACGACCAUCAGAAUGAACUGAAAAGGAUAAAGCAGGCACUGAAUGCUGGGUUUCAUAAUCUUAUUUUUGAGGACAAUUAUGAUACUGGAACUGGUGAUCAUUAUUCGUUGAGGCAGAUAUGUGAUCAGUCCUAUAUAAGAGGUGGUGGCCACAGUUGCUUCAGAGAUAGUGAUGAAGCCAGGAUUCGGUUCAAGAGGAAGAAAUUCUGGGAGAAAGCAGUAGAUAUGGAUGAGCUUUGCGGACAGAACGAAGCAUGGUGGGGCGUUAGAGGAUGGAUGCGAGAUAACUUCAAUCACAGCAAUAAACCGAUUUCCUACGAGGAACACUUCCAGAACAGCCGGUUUAUUGAGGCGAUACUCGACGUGUACUGGGAACUCCCACCAGUAGCCGGUCCUUCUCUCACGCAUCAAACUCGCUAUGAUCCAGCUCGUGUUACCAAUCCCAUUGUUGAAGAUGGGCGAUACGGAUUGUUUCAGCGGCUGGGGUUGAGUAAACUCGACAAUUCUGUAUUUAACGGUUACACCCAGAUGGCGUACCUUCAAAUCUCGGAACAACCUUAGAGCACUUUCUUUUCCCUGGAUGGUUACUUUUGGGUUGAUUUCUUGCAAUAGUUGAAAGACUUGAAAGUUGUCCAUACUAAUGUUCCUUUUUUUUUCAUAUUAGCUGGUGGUCUGACUGAAGAUGAUAGUACAUAAGUGGUUUUGGUUUGCUCCCCCUUUUUUGUUUCUCCUAUCGGUUCAAAGUUCUGAAGUCCGAACCACUCCACUGGUAUUCCUUGGGUUCCAAUUUGACUUCUGUUUUGCUUCAGCUUGAUUUAUGAAGGCACUUAAAAGCCGGUUGGGAACCGAUGCCUAUUCAUAAUUAGCACUUAAAGUGAACUGAUUACAUGGGUGAGCAAAGUCAGCAUUGGAGUAGAUAAAUAGGGUUUCGAGCC